AGACCGUGAUAAUAUUUAUUAUUGAGCGGAUCAGUUUAAAUUUGUUUUAACUUCAUAAGUGUUUGUGUUAACAGUUAUAAUACACGCACAAACGUUAAAGCUAAAUCGUUAGCUGUUGUACGAUUUCAUCAGAAAUCUGUGACCGAAAAUGAGUUCAAAGUACAAAUCACCACUAAUAAGAUCAAAAAAUACAUCUGUUACCUCAGAUAACCCAUCGCCAUUUCCAAAUGUAGAAUCGCCUUCGAAUCCAAUUCACCAAACUUUAAAGGAUAAUAUUUUGUUGUAUGACAACACUCCUCAACUAUCACCUGCCCAUCAAAAUUGGCGAGGACGUGGUAGUAGUUCACCAAGAUUCAAUAGCCCACGAUCCAGAGGGAGAGGAUCGCCAUACCAAUGGACUCCUAACAGAUUUAACAACAGUAGCCAUUCAGAUCAAAACAAUAUGUAUGGUUAUUCGCCACGUCAACAAAAUAAUCAUUCCUCAUACAGACCACAAUUUAACAAAUAUAAAAGUCAAAAUCAUAACAGAUCUCAAAAUUGGAAUAAUGAUAAUAUUGAUGAAAGCUACUUUCAUCAAUCAAUGUUGGAAGAUCCGUGGGCAUCAUUAUUAAAUGAUUCGACUAAUAACACUGAAGAUAAAAUCCUUACGACAUGAAUAAAUGAAUUGUAUAUUACUACCAGUGAUUUUGUAUCUUUGUAUUAAUUAUGUUUUACUAUUGUGUUAUAAAUAAAUAAAAUAUUUAAAUAUUA